AUGCCCUCCAGAGACACAGUGUCUCGUACUGCUCUCGAUGAUGUCUAUGAAAGUAUGCUGGACAAUGUGAAAGUUCAAAUCAAAACAGAUGUGGCUGGACAUGCAGCUAUUACAUUUGAUAUAUGGUCUGAUAAGUAUAGACAUCUAAACUACAUAACGUUAACUCUUCAUUAUUUAACCACUGAUUUUGAGCUCAAAUCAUUCACAUUGUGCACUAAACUUAUCGAGGGCAAAAAAACUGGCGAGAAAAUACAAGCGAUAUUACUUGACAUAAAAGAAUGCUUUGAUCUUCAAGAAAAAGUACUUCACUCUGUGACGGAUGCCGGGUCAAAUGUUAAACGCGCCAUUUCGCUUGCCGCUCUGGACAGCCAUUUGUGCUUAGGGCAUGGACUACAUAACCUGAUCGUAAAAACCGUUCGGUAUCGCUUACCCGAAUUGGAGCGAGCGGCAGAAAAAGAACAAAUUGAAUUUUUACACUCUUUGGAGCGCGUAUCAGAACAUUUGGAGAUGGACGAGAAUGAACCAAUUAUUGAUGAUGAGGGGUCAGAGUUUAAUUCAGUUUCAGGACUACAAACAAGCGAUGAAUUUUGUAACAUGAAUCAUGUACCAAGCAUCAAAACAUCUUCGCCAACCCGUUGGCAUAGUAUGCUAGCUAUGCUAGAAAGUCUAGCACACUUUUGCAACAGAAAUCCUGUUAAUCGUAUGUUGUCACAGAUCAGUCAACAUGAUUUAAAAAUUUACCAGCAAGAGUGGAACUUAUUAGAAGAUCUAAUUAGAUUUUUACGUGAGUUCCGCGAGGUCGUGGAAAUGCUAUCGACACAAAAGACAGCUUCGCUUAAUUUGGCCCUGGUGUUUCAUUUGGAAAUUAGAGAUAUCCUCAAUUCUUUGUCUGACGAAGAAACACUAAUAAUGCUAACACUGAAAAAUAAUAUGUUAGCAAAAUUAGACAAAAGGUUCCCAAUUACCGAUAAAAUUGUAGUUGCGGCACUGUUGGAUCCUCGUUUCAUAAAUUUAAGUCAGAUUGAUACGUACCUCGAACAAAAAAAUACUACUCGUGCUGCAUUUCUAGCAGAGUACAUAAAAAUACAUAUUUCAGGUGAAUCCACGACCAUGGCCACAUUAGCUCCUGCUGUUAUUACUAGUUUUUCCAAUGAUUCUGUUUUGUCAAAGCUUUCGAAAAAACACAGCUGCAGCGGCACCUCUUCUAUUUUAACUUCCACUGAGUGUAAUGAAGCUGAUCAAGAAUGCUGGAUGUACUUGGCAGCUGCUAAUGCUUGUGAUGUUAAAGACGACGACAUUUUAAAUUAUUGGCAAAAUAAGAAAAAAACAUUUCCGCUCUUGAGCGAACUUGCGAGGAUAAUGCUGGCAAUUCCUGCUACCAGCACGCCAAGCGAGCGCGUUUUUUCUAUAGCGGGACUAACUGUGACUGUUAAAAGGUCUAGACUAAGCCCAGUACGCGUUAAUAAAAUUAUUUUUAUUAACGAUAAUUAUACAUUGUGCAAAAAAACACAAUUUUAA